GCCCUAAAUUAAGAAGUAGAUGUUCCGGAUCCCCCACCAAAGGCCAACAGUGAAGGAACACCGGAAGAAGAUGGCCAUGUUCUUUAUCAUGUUGUUUGACAACCUUACCAGUGUCACCUUGAUAUGCGGUGAUAAGCUUUAGGGGUCGACAUUGCUCAUCCAAAAACUGAGGGCGUAAAUCAUCCGAACGAAAUACUUCGGUCUAAAAAAUGCAGUUAAGGGAAAAAGAACCGACCACGAUUGUUUUGCUUGACAUGGAACCGGCCGGAGAGAAGAGCUAGUCGGAGAUGGAGCUAGUCAAUGAGUGUGACCAAAUCCAAUGAGUCGGCAGAUAGCGGAGCUAGUCAGAGAUGGAGUCUACAGAGACGCGCUCACACUCUACUCACAGCUCAACCAUUCAUCCCUUCGCAACGGAUUCACCUUCCCCGCUCUUCUCAAAGCCUGCGUCAAGCUUGGAGACUUUCCUCAAGCCCAAAUGCUCCAAACCCACAUUUUAAAGUCUGGGUUUCAAUCCGAUACCCAUACCGCCACAUCCCUCACCCAUCUGUACACUAAAGCCAGGAGCUUUGAUUGCGCAUUCAAGGUGUUUGGCGAAAUUCCUCAGCCAACCAUCGAUUGUAUGAACGGCUUCCUUUCUGGGAUUUCUCAAAACGGGUACCAUCAAGAGUCCUUUAGGAUGUUUGGUUUGCUGGACUCUUGGAAUCUCCGGCCGGAUUCUGUCACCAUAGCCGGGGUGCUGUCUGGCUGUGAGGAUGCUAAGCUUGGCGCACAAAUGCAUAGCUGGGCUGUAAAGAUAGGGGUUGAGAUGUCUGUGUAUGUCGGGACGUCUAUUCUCACCAUGUAUUCCAAUUCUGGUGAUAUAGUUUCAGCCACAAGGGUGUUUGGGCUGGUUGAGAACAAAAACGUGGUGUGCUACAAUGCAUAUAUGACUGGGUUAUUGCAUAAUGGGGUGUAUGGGGGUGUCUUAUCUGUUUUUAAGGACAUGAUUGCAUCAUCAGAUGAAGGAACCAAUUCUGUUACAAUAGUUUCUGCUCUUUCAUCCUGUGCAGAACUCAAUAAUCUGAAUGUCGGCCUGCAAAUCCACGGGUCUGCUGUAAAAAUUGAGACACAUUGUACUACUAAUAAAACCAUGGUCUCCACCGCUUUAGUGGAUAUGUAUUCCAAAUGUGGUACUUGGAAAUGUGCAUUUUCUGUGUUUGAGGAACUUCAUAUUACCAAAAGGAGUUUGAUCACUUGGAAUGCUAUGAUUGGAGGAAUGAUGCUCAACGGCCAAAUCGAGAAAUCAAUCGAACUAUUUGAACAGUUGGAGACUAACGGGCUAAAGCCCGAUUCAUCAACGUGGAACACAAUGAUAAUUGGGUUUUCACGUCAUGACAAAGGCGAUAAUAAAGCUUUUAAUUUCUUCAGAAAAAUGGUGUCUUCUGGUGUGAAGCCAAAUGAGAAAUCAUUGACCAGUCUCUUGACAGUCUGUUCUGCACUCUGUCUUCUACACUCCGGGAAGCAAAUCCAUGGAUAUUCCAUACGGACAGGUUGCAGUAGUGACCUAUUCCUCGCAACGGGUGUGAUCGAUUUGUAUAUGAAAUGUGGGAAAGUCUCAAUGGGUGAAAGUAUUUUUGAGGAGAUUGAAAACAAGAACUAUGAUGCGACUCUAUGGAAUGUUAUGAUCUCUGGCUAUGGAAUAAAUAACAAAAAUGAAGCUGCUUUUGAAAUGUUCGACCGGAUGUUACAGGAGAAAGUAAACCCAAGCAGGGCAACUUUCAAUUGCAUUUUAUCUGUGUGCAGUCAUUCCGGUCAAACGGUCAAAGGGUGGCAAAUCCUUAAACUGAUGAUUGCUGAUUUUGGGUUGACCCCAAGUCUCAAGCAACUUAACAUACUGGUUGAUCUUCUUGCUCGAUCUGGAAAACUGGAUGACGCAAGAGAACUUCUUCAGAAAAUACCAAAGCCUUCUGCACCGGUUGUUGCUUCGGUUCUCGGGGCUUCCGAGUGUUAUUCAAAUCUGAGUCUUGGUGAAGAAAUGGGUAGGAAGCUCUUAGAGUUGGAGCCAGACAGUCCUAUACCGUUGGUCAUCUUGUCCAACCUAUAUGCUAGUUUAGGGAAGUGGAAUGAAGUUGAAACAAUCAGACGGAUAAUAGAUGAAAAAGGACUAAAGAAACUGGCUGGCUAUAGCUCGAUCGACAUUGCCUAAAAAUAUGAAAUUCUAAAAUGUACAUAAAUUGACUGGAUCAACAGUAGGAAAGACCAUUCUGCAGCCGUGCACCCAAGGUGGAAAAAUUGAAAGUUGGAGAGCAGAAUUGAUUUUUUUAAUGGAAAGUGACAAUGGUGCUAUUGCCUAUUGGGCUCAAGUCAGGCUUAAAAACUCUAUGGUUUUGAAUUUGGGCCUGGUGUCAGAUCAGGUAUCUUAUUCAAAGCCCAAAAGGAUCAUACACUGUCCAUUUACUUGUCUUUCUGCCUCAGUCAAUUGUAGUACAACAAGAUUGGCUACGAUGUGCUGUAGUACAAAUGUACAAUAUUGUACUUUUAUUAUAAGCCAAGUUGUACAAGUAUAAUGUACAAUAUCCUUAUUUUUUGUACUGAAGUUAUAGACUUGUUGUAGUACAGAAACUUAAGAUAAGCAUUGCCUCUCUUGGAACCUAUAUAACAGAUAGAUGCACACAUAACUUGAAGUAGUACUUGUGUAGCUAAGUUUCUGGUUGCCUUUUGUAUUAAUGUGGAAUGGUUCAACAGGGUCGGCAUGAGAACACAUGCAUUUGAGAAGUGGUCAUUGAAUUUAAUCGAUGCCAUCGCAUUUGUAUCGUCGAGCAUGUGUUCUCAGGUCGCCCCUGUAGAACUAUAUUUUACUAUGCUAUUUUGACCGCUUCUGUCGUCCUUGACGUUCCUAUCUCCCCACCAUACCCACCAUAUAUGACACAGGAUCCUGCCAAUCUAUUUAUCUUUUAUACCAAAUGCCUUACUAUUUUGUUGAUUUUUCCCAAGUUGAUUUUGCUGCAAUAUAAGUAUGUUCUAGCCAUUUAAUGUCUUUUGAAUUGUGUAUAGUAAUUACAAAGCAAGAGAUAAGAUAUAAUGCUGCGGAAAGAAUAAGAAAAAGAUUUUAAAAAGUCAUUUAUGCUAUUUAAUUGAUACGGAGUACUAAAAUGAAAAAACGAUGGUUUCUACGGAGUAAUUUUUAAGUUUUCUUUUAACUUCUGUAGUCGAUGUUUAAAACUUCGUGCUGAUUGUGCAAAAACUUUAUUACUUUCUAUUAUAGCACUAGAAUAAUUCAUUAUAGACCUUGCUAUCAUAUACGGAGUAAAUGUUAAUAAUAUUAAAAAUACACAUUAAGAUCGUAAAAGUCAAAAUAGAAACUACUCCCCCCGGUCUCGUUAAGAAUUUCCUACUUUGACUUACACACAUAUUUAGGAAAUAAAUUUGAUUUUACUGUAGAGUACACUGUUUCGACACUGUUUUGCACUGUUUGACACUUUUUGAUGUAGGAUAAUUUUUCAUUUAGGGAAAUGAGAAGAUCAUUUUGGGAUGGCUAAAAAAGGAAAGCAGAAAGAUCUUAGAGGGACGAAGGGAGUAUAAGGGAGUGUUGCAAUUGCUUCAACUUUAAAAAAGUGGUUUUUUAAAGUGAUUUGGGGAAAAGUGAUUAAUAGUAAAAGUUGGUAGUGUUUGAGGAAAAAGUGAUUCUUAAAAAGUAAAGGUUAGUAGUGUUUGGUAAAAUAAGUACUUUUUGUGUAAUAGAAAAAGUGAAAAGCAGUUUAAAGCACUCUUCCACCUGCUUCCAGCUUUUAGCUUUUAAGUGAUUAAUUUAAGCAAAAGCUGUCAUUUGAAAACACUUUUUUUAACUUUUUUUAAGCCAAAAGCUGGAAAGUGCUUUUUUAAUCAACUACAAACACUCCUUAAAUAUAGUGGAGGGUAAAACAAAAAAAAUCAUGAAUGAAAUUAAACAGGAUCAAUUAAACAUAAACAGUGGAAUGUUUUUUUUUUGCAUAAUUCUCAUGUUAAAAAUAUGGAGUAAAAUAUAAACUCACAAUUCAUUCAACUUCGGAUGUGAAUUUAACAAGUCAAAAGUCAAAACUAUUCCUUCUAGAACAUUAGUGCAAUUGAGCCAAUUAACCUUGAUUUUGCACCCAUGACAUUUUUUUGGCUGUACUUUCCUCUUUUCUUAUUAAAAAUAUGGAGUAGUAUACUUCCUCCGUUCUCUUUUAAUUGCAACAGUCAACAUUUUACGUUUACCAACGCACAAGUUUGACCAUUAAUAUCUUUCAUUCCUUAUUAGUAAAAAAUUCAGAAAAAUGAAAAUUUAGAAUGAGAAGAAUUUAAUAAUAUUUUUAAAAAAAUUAAUUUAUAAUACAUUAAUGAAUAAAAUAUAGUCAAAGUAGAAUAUGUGAAUAGUGCAAAAAGUCCAAUGUUGCGAUUAAAAGAGAACGGAGGACAGUAUAUUCUUUUAAAUGUAAAUUUCCUUUAUUCGAUAAUUUUGAAUUUAUGACCUCUUUCUUGAGAGUGUCACAGUGAUACAAACAACAGUUUUUCGUCAUAUGUUAACUAAAUUUUCUUCCCAAAUAAAUCAUGUAUCCUCUUUAGAUUUUAAUUGUGAUUCCUGUCAAUGUAAUAAAAGUCAUAAACUUCCAUUUCAUGAGUCUUCCAUAAAGUCAUCCAACCCCUUAGAAAUUAUUUUUUCUAAUGUUUGGACCUCCCCUGUUAUCUCGUUUGAUCAAUUUAAAUAAUAUGUCAUUUUCAUUGAUCACUUUACCAAAUAUAUUUGGUUUUAUCCCUUAAAACGCAAGUCUGAUGUUCGUACCAUUUUUCCGGUUUUUCGUUCACUAGUGGAAAAUAAAUUUGGACUCAAAAUUAAGACAUUUUUUUUGACAAUGGUGGAGAAUUCAAAGCCCUUACACCCUAUCUCACUCAAACUGGUAUUUCCCACCUUACAUCGCCCCCACAUACUCCCGAACACAAUGGUUAUGCCGAACGUCGCCACCGCCACAUUAUUGAAACUGGUCUCACCCUCCUACAUCAAGCAUCCCUACCACCCACCUACUGGUCCUACGCCCUACCCACAGUGGUCUAUCUAAUUAACCGUCUUCCCACACCUACACUUAAUUACUCCUCUCCCUAUGAAUAUCUUUUUCAUUCUCCUCCGAAUUACCAAAAACUCCGAAUUUUUGGAUGUCUAUGUUAUCCAUGGAUUCGGCCCUAUACCCAACACAAACUUCAAUCCCGUUCUAUUCAGUGUAUUUUUCUGGGUUAUUCACUCAGUCAAAGCGCGUAUUUUUUGCCUUGACCCCACUACCUCCCGAAUAUACGUCUCCCGUCAUGUUAUUUUUGUUGAACAUAUUUUUCCAUACACUAAUCUUACCCAUCCCACCACCCUGCCCGACCCCACUACCCCUGGCUUGUUCCUCAUCAAUUUUUCAAUUCAAAUCCCCACAUUCUUCGCCCAAAUUUCUCUAAUCCAUCCCAACUCCCUCGGUCAACACCCAACCCCCUACCUUUAUCUCCUGCCACUUCUCCAGUUAUUAUCUCCUCCCAAAUAAUAUCCCCUCCAAAUAUAUCUCCUACUAAUAAUAUAUCACCCACUAACCGCUCUUCUACACAAAUCCCUCUAACCCAAUCCCACCCUAUCCCAACAACCUGCCAAUGCACACCAAACUCCAUACCGCCCCAGUCGGCAACAUUAACUCCCCCAUCCCAUAACACUAAUCAUAUUCCACUCUCCACCACGUCAGACAAAUCACUUAUUCCCAUGCACGAGUCCAAUUUUUUGCAUGACACUAAUGAACAGUCUACGUCUCCCUCCCCCAUACAAACAACCCAGUCUUCUCCUUCACCUCCACCUCGUCGAGUCACCCGCUCCAUGAAUAAUAUUUAUUGCCCAGUUACUAAAUACAACCUUAAUUCUAGUGUGUCUACCUCCUCUCCUGAACCCCGUACUGUUACAUAAGCUCUAGCCAAUUCCAACUGGCGGCAAGCCAUGUCCGAAGAGUUUAAUGCUCUUAUAAAAAAUGGUACUUGGACGUUGGUUCCUCGUACUGGCAGAGAAAAUAUAGUUGGCUGCAAAUGGGUAUUUCUUGUUAAACGACUCCCAAAUGGUGCUAUUGACCGGUAUAAGGCUCGGCUUGUAGCCAAGGGAUUUCAUCAACGCCCCGGCAUUGACUAUACGGAAACUUUCAGUCCAGUUAUUAAACCGACAACUAUCCGGCUAGUCCUAUCUCUCGCGGUUAGUCGUGGGUGGCCGCUUCGCCAAAUUGACGUUAACAAUGCUUUUUUGCAGGGCCAUCUUUAUGAUUAUGUGUUUAUGCUUCAACCUCCAGGCUUUGUUGAUUCCACCAAACCCACUCAUAUUUGUCGUCUUCACAAAGCACUAUAUGGUCUUAAGCAGGUGCCCCGGGCGUGGUAUCAAGAACUCAAGCAAUUCCUUAUUCAACUGGGCUUUACAAACUCCAAGGCGGAUACUUCUCUGUUUGUUUAUCAUCAAGAUACUACUCUCAUUUAUAUUCUUGUUUAUGUUGAUGAUAUAGUUAUCACCGGCAGCUCCUCAGAUUUUAUUGAAGCUCUCAUCACUACACUUGGGCACCGGUUCUCUCUCAAAGAUGUUGGUCAAUUAUCUUAUUUUCUUGGUAUUGAGGUUAUUCCCCAUCCGAGUGGGAUUCUUCUCUCUCAACAUCGCUAUAUCAUGGACCUACUGUCUCGGUCGAAAAUGGCCACCUGCAAUGGUGUGACCACACCUCUUGCCGCCAACUCUAAACUCAGCCUUACAGAUGGCCAGCCGCUUGAAGACCCAGAAGAAUACCGCUCCGUUGUUGGUAGCCUCCAGUAUCUAGCUCUCACUCGGCCAGAUCUCUCGUAUGUUGUGAAUAAGUUGUCCCAGUUUCUUCACUGCCCUACCACUACACACCGGGAAGCUACAAAAAGGGUACUUCGUUACCUUCGCCACACAGCCACUCAUGGUCUUCUGCUACGGCACUCUUCUCCUCUAUCCCUGCAUGCAUAUUCAGAUGCGGACUGGGCCGGGAAUCCUGAUGACUACACUUCCACCGGAGCUUUUGUCAUAUUUUUGGGUUCAAAUGCUAUUUCUUGGAGCUCCCGGAAGCAACGCACGGUUGCUCGCUCUUCUACCGAGGCAGAAUACCGUUCUGUUGCUACUACCGCUGCUGAACUUCGAUGGAUACUCUCGCUUCUCACUGAAUUACAUGUUGCUAUUCCUACUCAGCCGGCUAUCUACUGUGACAACGUUGGUGCCACUCAUCUCUGUGCCAACCCUGUGUUUCACUCUCGUAUGAAACAUCUUGCUCUUGACUAUCACUUCAUUCGUGAACAUGUUCAACAUGGUAUUCUUCGUGUCUCUCAUGUCCGAUCCUAAGAUCAACUUGCUGAUUCACUCACUAAGCCUCUUCCCCGGCGUCGAUUUCAUGAUCUUCAUCUCAAGCUUGGAGUUCUUCCCAGACCCUCCAACUUGCGGGGGCAUAUCGGAGAUAAAUCAUAAAUAAUAUUUAUCUUAUGUAAUUAUAUUUAACUAAAUGUCAAUAUUAUCCCAUACAGUUAGUUGCACAUAAUCUCCUCAUUGUACUCCUAUAUAAACCCUUGUAUAUUUGAAUUGUAAAAUGUAAAUACAAUUCAUUCUUCCUAUAAUCA